UAAACUUAUUAAAUAGGUUUGCAUGGGCAAAAGAACGCUCUGAAAAUAGGCUAAAGCGAAUCAAAACUAUUUUCAACGCUUUUGUCCGUUCUCUGUAUCAGAAAUCCAGUCUUCAAGCAUCCCUUCUUUUAGUUUAUCCUUUUUCGAAUAUCUCAAGUAGCCGAGGUGUUCAGUGAGCCUAAUAUUGUUGGCGCGGAUUGGGCGAAAUGGGUAAGCGGAAUAAAUCCAGGGUUAUAGUAGACAGCGAUGAUUCAGAGGGAGAGGAGGAGGUCGGCAGCCCAGAACAAGUGAAGAGACCCAAAGUAGUCACUGAACAGGAAGAAGGCGAAGUCGAGGAAGAGUCGAGCAGUGGUGAAGAGGUGGAAGAGGAAAGCGAAGCGGAAGAAGAAGAGGAGGAGGAGGAAGACGAUGAUGAUGAGGGGUCGAAUGGGGAUGACGAGAUGGAGGCGAACGAGGAUGGCAUGUAUCCGGAUGGACUGGAUGCGAAUCUGAUGGGAGACGAGGAGGACCAGGCCAAGUUGAAGGCCAUGUCUGAGAAGGAGAGGGAACAGGAGUUGUUCAACAGACUGGAGAACAGAGAGAAUCUCAAGACCAGAUUAAAAAUUGAGCGCCAACUGAAGAAAGAUAAGAAGAAGAAAGGAAAGAAGGAGAAAUGGAACACAAAAGCAGCUUCCACAGUAGCAGACGACUCGCCGCCAGGGUCCCCAGGAGUGGAUUUGGAGGACGAGGAACAGACACCCAGGCCCCAGCGGAAAGUGGAGACAAAUGAGAAGUCCAUGAAAAUGAAUGCAAUCCAGAGACUGAAAGACGAAAGAGAGCGCAAGAAACAGAAUGCUGAAGCUCAGCGACAGCAGCGGGAACAGAAAAGCAUCGAGGCUCAAAGGAAACGAGAAGAGGCUCAAGAAAGAGACAGUGACGGGAAACCCACCAAGCUCAGGCCCAGUGACAUUUACUCUUCAGACGACGAUGAUGAUGAUGACGAAGACGAUAAAUCAGAAAUUAAAUUCAGACCAAGGAAGAGGUCUUCGAGCAGUAGUAGCUCUGGCUCCAGUCUGGGAAACGGGUCUGGGGAUAGUUCUUCCGAUUCAGACAGUGACGGAAAGGGAUCGGACAACGAGGAUACCAGAACUCAAUCGAAACCGAUCGAAACGAAAGACGAUUUGGUGAGAAUCCGUCUGUCCCGUCACAAACUUGCCCGCUGGUGCCACGCACCCUUCUUCGAGGAGGCUGUGAAAGGGGCGUUCGUGCGGGUGAACCUGGGCCAGGGUCCUCAGGGGCUGCCGGUUUACAGGAUAGCAGAGAUUGUGUCAGUGGUGGAGACGGGGAAAGUGUACCAAACAGAGGGAACUACGACCAACAAAGGACUCAAAUUAAAAUAUUGCAAAGCAGAGCGUAUGUAUCGACUGGAGUUCAUCUCGAACCAGCCGAUCUCAGACACGGAGUUCACCAAGUGGUACUCGGACAUGCAGGCCAACAACCAGCCCCUGCCCCAGAUAGACGAUGUGCUGAAGAAGCAGAGACAGCUGCUGAGUUAUGCCAACCACAGCUACACUGAACAGGACGUAGAUGCAAUUGUACAGGAGAAGAGCAGGUUCCGCAACAACCCCCGCAACUACGCGAUGAAGAAGACGGGUCUGAUGAAGGACAAGUUGGAGGCGGAGGUGGAGGGGGACAUCGAGAGGCUGAGCAAAGUGCAGAACGACCUGAACGAACUGGAGGAGAGAGCGGAGAUGCUGGACAAGCAGAGGACCAAGAACAUCAGUGCCGUCACAUACAUCAACAAUCGGAACAAGAUGCACAAUUUGAAGCAGGCGGAAAUUGCGAUGCAGAAUGAGUUCCGAGAGAUGCGCAGCAAAGCCGAAGAUCCCUUCACCCGCAGGAAGUCCCGACCCACUCUCGUCACAAAGGCCCGAGAGGGAGUGAUCGACCAGAACCUGUUGUUACAACUGCGGGAGAAAUCCAUGCAGCACCUGAAGACCUCCGCCAAACCCACAGACCCUUCGGAGGAGAACCAGUCAAACGGAGCAUCCAAUUCCAAGAACCCCUCCGACAAAAACAACGAGAAUAAUAACGACUCUAACAGUGCCUCUUCGAUGGACGUGACAGAUGGAGAUGGAAAUCAGUCUCUGCGGAAGAGAGAAGAUCUUUUUUCAGUUCACAAUUUCGACAUCAAUAUUGACGUGUUCAGCUCAAACGCACCCUCUGCGAAAGGCAAUUAUUCGAAAGCAGUGAAACAAGACUGGCCGCUUGGAAUGGACGGUGCCGCUCCAGCUAUUGUGCCGAGAAGAUCCCUCAAUUUAGAGCAAUAUAAACGAGAGAAGGGUCUCAUCUAGCAAAUAGUUACACCCCUCUCCCCUUCCCCCAUCCCUCAGCGACUUCACACAAAGAUCUUUUAUUUAUACACUGCGACGGGUAAUUUAACCCCGAACAUCUAACCACAUUUUCAAAGAGUCUUCUUAUGGUGCUGCGGAGACUCGUCUGUUUAUAUUAAUGCAUCCUUAUUGUCUGUGAAUAUGAAUAGUAUCGCAUCAGUUGAUUUACGUUGACCUGAUUUCAUAAUCUAAUUUGCAAAACAU